UUCAACAAACUUUGAAUUUCGAGUAAAUAAUAUAUGAAUUUCUUGAAUAUCUAUUAUUAAUAACAAUAUAUAUAUAUAUUACUCAGUGUUAAUUUGGUUUGGUUAAUUUAUUCAGUGAUAACUGUGUAGUUUUAUAUUAAUGUUUCAUAAUUCAUCAUGACUAAAAUGGAAGCGAAAUCAGAAGUCGAAGAGUCGAAUCGGAUGUGGUCGAGCGCGUCUUUCGUCGGCGUGCUCUUUAUUAUUGGUCUACCGCUGUGGUGGAAGACUACAGAGGUUUACAGAGUAUCACUUCCAUACGACAAGAUCAACUCGUUCAACACUCUAUCACACGCGGUGACAGCCGAGCUGACUGUACUGGCGAACGACAAUGCUGCAGCAGAAGUAAUUGUAAACCACAUAAAAAAGGAAUUCGAGGAAUCUGAUGUAAUAAAAUUAAACAUCAAGAAAUUAGUACUGCCUGAUGAUCUCCGUCGCACUUUGGACAGCGUUGCUGAUGAGAAUGAUGCUGUGGAGGAAGUAGCUGGGAAGUAUAACCUGAAGAAGCAUAAUACCUUCUAUGUGGUGCAAAGGUCGCCGCUGCACCAGGACGUGUGGUUGAGUGAGGAGAGGCUGGCUUUCUUCAGGGAUGCUAAAGCAUCAAAAACUCUGGUCCAAGUCCUGAAGCAGUGGGUGUACCAGACCUCGAUAUUGGAAGGUAGUCGUUUGGAUACCCCGGACGUGGCUCGCCAGACCCGUUUUCCACCAGGAGAAGAGUACCACAUCGUACUAUCUGUAGUCCAUCCGAAACCUGAUGGUUUAGCAGUUGAUUUUGAUGCAGGAGAUGCUGUUGAAAAUUACAUUGGCUCGUUCGUGGACGAAUUGAGCGAACUCCACAACUUCACACUGAAAUCGCAAUGGCUUUAUUUACUUGACUUCGACUUUCAGGCAAAGGAGGUGAAAGACGGUAGUGAGUGGGGUCGCCACUACGCAGUGCGGAGGGAGCGACUGCAGCUGCUCCUGACGCGGCUUGAGGAGCGCGCGGCGCCGCAGGUGUCCACGCUGCCCACGCUCAACAUCGCGCUCUACCUGGUGCCGUGCACACACGCGCCGCUACUCAUAUACGAUCACAACGAUAAGCCAGUAUCAUCAUCAGUGCAAGCCUUCAUGUCUCCAAAAUGGGGAGGCGUGAUGCUGUACAGCCCGACGGCGGCAGAAUGCGCUGCCGCCAGUCCAGCCUCCAAGCCUGACGUCCGACUGAUCAUGGGCACCUUCCUGGCACAGCUGAGGACGCUCCUCGGGAUUGCUGAUAUUUCGAGUAUACCGGGCGCGCGUGUGGAGCCCUUGACGUCGGUGAGGCCGCGGCGCUGGGAGCUGGAUGCACUGCUGCGGCUGCGGACCACAGGACAGCUGGCGGCGGCACAGCGCGCGCUCGCCUCCCUCGCUCAGCUGCUAGGCGAGAUAUCAAACAUAGUGAUCAAUGAUGAAGUGGGCGCGUCCAUUAAUUCUGCUGUGGAGUCCAUCGAAGCAGCAGAGACAUUGCUCUCCAAGGAUCUUCUAGAGGCAUAUAAGCUGUCUCUACGCGCGCACAUCGACGCAGAGACAGCCUUCAUGGAACCCAGUCUGCUCGCGCUAUUGUACUUCCCAGAUGACCAGAAGUACGCUAUCUACAUUCCCUUGUUUCUGCCAAUAAUGUUCCCAGUAAUACUCUCCCUCAAGAACUUGCUGCUGUGGUUCAGAGGGAAAACAGUGAACAAAGAGAAGACUGAGUGAAGUCAGUAUUACGUAUUAUAUAAAUAAAUUAA